AUGAACUCGAGAGUGGCUGCAAGUAUCUUGGCCUUUUUGGCUUUUAGUUUAGGGUCUAAGUUGGUUUUGGCGAAAAGUGAUUGGUGGGAAAGUGCUUCUCUGUAUCAAAUCUAUCCAAGAUCCUUUCAAGAUAGCAAUGGUGAUGGUGUGGGAGAUUUGAAGGGUAUUACCUCGAGAUUGGAAUAUUUAAAGGAGAUUGGUGUUACAGCUACUUGGUUAUCGCCGGUAUUUGAAUCUCCUAUGUCGGAUUUUGGCUAUGAUAUAUCGAAUUUUACGCGUAUUGAUCCAAUAUUUGGCACAUUAGAGGAUUUCGAUGAAAUGAUAGCCAAGGCCAAACAAUUGGAUGUUAAAGUGUUGUUGGAUUUUGUGCCCAAUCAUUCGUCAGAUGAAUGUGAAUGGUUUCAAAAGUCCAUUAAAAGAGAACAGGGUUUUGAGGACUUUUAUGUGUGGCAUGAUGGCAUAGUAGAUGAGCAGAAUUCUAGUCAAAGACUGCCACCCAGUAAUUGGGUUUCGGUUUUUGGUGGUCCCAUGUGGACCUGGCAUGAGGAACGUAAACAAUUUUAUUUACAUCAAUUCCAAGCUAAACAACCUGACUUGAAUUACUCAAAUCCUUUGGUACGCCAGCAUAUGUUGGAUGUUUUGGAAUACUGGUUGGAUCAUGGUGUGGAUGGUUUUAGAAUUGAUGCAGUUCCCCAUAUAUUUGAGCUACGCCAUGAGAAUGGCUCUUAUCCAGAUGAACCAAUCAGUGGUUGGUCUUCGGAUCCUCAAAGUUAUGAAUAUCAUGAUCAUAUUUAUACCAAAGAUCAGUAUGACACCAUCGAAUUAUUGUACGAGUGGAGAGCAUUUCUGGAGGAAUAUGAAAGGAAAAAUGGAGGAGAAACUAGAGUGCUUUUGGCAGAAGCUUAUUCCUCUGUAGAAACCCUUAGUUUAUAUUUUGGCAAUGGCACGCAUCGUGGUGCCCAAUUACCCAUGAAUUUCAAUUUAAUGUAUUUGAAUGGCUUUUCUACGGCCAAAGAUGUGGAGAAUUCUUGUAACUAUUGGAUGGAUACCAUGUGGAAAACACAUCAAACUGCCAAUUGGGUUAUAGGAAAUCAUGAUAACAAUAGAGUAUCGGAACGUAUGGGUAAACAUAAGGUAGAUCUGCUGAAUAUUAUAGCUCACAGUCUACCCGGAGCUCCGGUUACCUAUUAUGGCGAGGAAAUUGGAAUGUCUAAUGUAGCUACAGAAUGUACCGCCAUAUCGUGUGAUGAUCGUGAUCCUGAAAGAACACCCAUGCAAUGGGAUUCAACAGAAAAUGCUGGUUUCUCACAAGGCUCUUCCACCUGGCUACCCUUAGCUAAGGACUAUAACAUUUAUAAUGUCGAAAAGGAACGUCAGGUGGCCAGAAGUACUUUGCAAAUUUAUAAGGGUUUGCAAAAGCUUAAACAUUCUAAAGCUUUUAAAAAUGUUAAGGGCAAGAGAGGCUUUUCCUAUAAAGCUUUAAACGAACAAGUGUUUCAAGUAAUCAGAGCUGUGCCUGAGCAAGAAGAAUACAUGAUUUUGGUCAAUAUGGGCAACAAAUUGGAAUAUGUGGAGAAGUUGAGUAAUCGCACAUAUGAAUAUACAUUAAUGACUGCUCAUUCUACUCAUAAUAAGGGUGAUAAAGUCAAUUUAAGUGGCCGCAUUUAUUUAAUGCCCUAUGAAGCUGUUGUAUUGUAUUGGUUUAAACGAUAAAGAUUGUAAAUUAUUAAUUGAAUUGUAAUGUGAUUAAGUUGUAUAAAUGUUUUUGUAAUAAAAUUAUAUUUUAAACUGA